ACUUCUCCGCCUGUGGACGAGUGAAGGACAGUCCGAGCAGGUCCAGGACAGUAAGGACAGCAAAACAGGACAGGAUGAACGCUGUGACAGACGGCGGUAGUCCGGUUUUUUACGUGCAGCCGUGGAGUUGUGAAGGGACUUUUGACUGACUAGCGUAGUUAGUCAGGUUAGCUCACAGUGUCAGUGCCGGAUUCCUAACGUGGCCAACUAGAUGGUCAGCUCCCUAGUGCACUACGGUUAUGACUGGGACACGUCCAUGCGGAGGGGCUUUACUUAAGCCUUUAUGUUUAUAGAUUCGUGGUGUUUUGUGGCUUUUUGGCCCUGUUUUGCCCCUGUUUUGCCCCUGUUUGCAGCCCGGCUGGGUUCACUCUGCCCCGGCCGGCUCUGCAGCGCCUCUAGCGGCUGCCAAACUUUGCUUUCCUCCCCGACUGUUCACUUCCUGUUUUGUGAGGAGGUCUUUAACACAGACACUUUUUCAUUUCGGUUUUGCUCUCUUUCUCCCCCUUUUCUUUAGUUUCGCACCAAACCAGCGGGACAUCUCAUUGGAAACGCGUUUCUACGUGUUUGUGCACGCUUUUAAUGGAGGAUCAGCUGCUGGACUCACUUGAACUCGAUGGAUUUCACGUAGAUUUGUUUGCUUGUUUGCCUGUUUGCUUGUCUGUUGCUGUAUUUCUUUACUGGAACGUCUCUGGACUAUCUUGUCUACUUUCACAGGCUGAGCUCGACCACUUUCAACCAAAGCAGCCAUGCAGGAAGUCUAUGGGAAUCCUUCCACUCCAGUAUGACUGAAUCUGUGACUUUGCUUUUUUGUCUGGCCUUUUUUCUUUAAUACAUUUUAUCAUUACUGGUUGUUUUUUCGACCCUUCGUUGACCCACUCAGAACUGCCAUGGCCGAUCUGCAGCGUCCGACGCUGUGCUGCUGUCGGAAGGUGCUGACCGUGCCCACUAAGCCCAGUGAGGCGCCCCGGGCUUUAGGCCAAUGUCACCUGGUGGAUGUGGCCUCUGCCUCCAACUUCCACAGCUUCAGACUGAGGCAUUUCCACCUGGACCUCAACAUCAACUUCGCCCUCAAGAGGAUGACCGGUUGGCAGGUCCUGGAGCUGGUGCCCUUUCAGCCGGGCGUCCAGUCGCUGAUACUGGACACGCACCCUUCUUUAUUGAUCCAUUCCAUUGACUGCAAAGUGCCUGGAGCGUCCGGCGGCCCUGACCACUUCCUCUCCCUCUCUUACCGGGUCGAAGCCUUCACCGACUAUGGCUCCUCCCUAAACAUCACCCUACCUGCUGCCGUGAUCCGGCCGCACCGGGCUUUCCGGGUCACCAUUCGCUACACUACCACAGACGGGCCUGCGAUUUGGUGGCUGGACACCGAGCUAACAUGCGGGCAGACACGACCAUUGGUUUUCACUCAGGGUCACUCCGUGUGCAAUCGCUCCUUUUUCCCCUGCUUCGACACGCCAGCUGUCAAAAGCACCUAUUCGGCCACCGUCAGGGUUCCAGAUGGAGUGACCGUGUUGAUGAGUGCCUCCAGAAGUGCGUAUUCUAAGCAGGACCGGCUGUUCCAGUUCUCUAUGGAGUAUCCUGUCCCGGCAUAUCUGGUGGCCCUGGUGGCCGGAGACCUACAGCACGCUGACAUCGGGCCCAGGAGUCGUGUGUGGGCAGAGCGCUGUAUUCUGACCUGUGCGGUCAGUAAGCUCGGGGGCAGCGUGGAGCGCUGCCUCAAUGUGGCCGAGGAGCUCUUUGGGCCUUACGUAUGGGGAAGGUACGACAUUGUGUUCCUGCCCCCCUCUUUCCCCAUCGUGGCAAUGGAGAACCCAUGUCUGACCUUCAUUAUCUCCUCCAUUCUGGAGAGUCAGGAGUUCCUGCUGAUCGACGUCAUCCACGAGAUCGCUCACGGCUGGUUCGGAAAUGCCGUCACCAAUGCCACCUGGGAGGAGAUGUGGCUCAGCGAGGGCCUGGCAACCUACGCGCAGAGACGAAUCACUACAGAGGCCUAUGGAGAGGCCCUCACCUGUCUGGAGACGGUGUUCCGUCUAGACGCUCUGCACAGACAGAUGCGUCUGCUAGGAGACAACAACCCUGUGAGCAAGCUGCAGGCCAAGUUUGAGCCAGGUGUAAACCCCAGUAGUCUAAUGAAUCUGUUCACCUAUGAGAAAGGCUUCUGCUUCGUUUCUUAUCUGUCCCAGCUGUGUGGGGACAUCAAGAAGUUUGACACUUUCCUUAAGGCCUACAUUGAGCAGUUCAGGUUCAGCAGUGUGGUUGCUCAGGACCUGCUUGAUUUCUUCCUGGGUUUCUUCCCUGAGCUGAAGGAGAGCUGUGUAGCAAAACGAGAGGGGCUGGAGUUUGAGCGCUGGCUGAAUGACUGCGGCCCUCCCUUGUGUGAACCUGAUCUUUCGGCCGGUGGGGCUUUGACGGGUCCAGUCCAACGGCUGUGUGAUCUCUGGGGCGUGGAGGCCCCUAACCCUCAGGCCAUUGCGACCUUUGACGUCUCCACCUGGAGCACCUUCCAGACCGUGCUGUUUCUGGACCGGCUACUGGACCGUUCGCCGCUUCCCCAAGAGGUGAUGAGUCUACUGUCGAGCUGUUACUCGGCGCUCCUGGAUGAGAUGAAUGCUGAGGUGAGGAUCCGCUGGUUGCAGAUUGUGGUGCGGAACAGCUUCUAUCCGGACCUGCAUCGGGUCCGCAGCUUUCUCCAUAAACACACGUCCCGUAUGUACACAGUGCCGCUGUAUGAGGAUUUGUGUGGGGGGGUCAUGAAGUGUUUUGCAGUGGAGGUCUUCUAUCAGACUCAGGCUCGUUUACACCCAAAUCUGCGCAAAACACUGCAGCAGAUUGUGUUCCACACCGGCCCAGCCAACGCCUCUGCUACCGACCCCCCACUGCUGGAUACGCCCACCGAGCCGCCCACCAGUGGGGCCAUCGCUCUGAGGGACGUCAACGUCUCCGCCUGACUGCUUGCGCACACCUGCUGUGGUCAGGAAUGGAGCGAUAUGAAGGAAACGAUGGGAUGCAGUUGGAACUGGACAGGACUUGAACUGACCGGCUAAGACUGGACAGAAGUAGUCUUGCCAGGUCAGACGUGAUUUCAUAACGAGAAUACACGUUUGGGGACAGCUUGUUUAGCUUUCGGUGCUGGAUUGGGGUACGCCACCUCUAAAACAUCCCCCCAAAUUACUCUAGACCAGUUGUCACCAGCCCUCCUCCUAGAGAUCUGCCUUCCGGCAGGCUUCACAUCCAACCCAAAUCUAGCACAUCUUGUUCAGCUCAUCAAGGACUUCUGAAAGCAAUAAUUAGAUGAAUCAGAUAGGGCUGAUUAGGUUUGGACCUGAAGCCUGCACAAUUAGUGACCACUGCUCAAGUCCAUGCUCUUUUAACGUCCAGAAUACAGCCAAUAACACAAGCAAAAGAAGCUAGAUAGAGAAAAGCAAUGGGGAGCUAAUGGAACUAUCUUUCCUUGCUGGAAGUAACAUUUAUUUUUACCUCAUGCAGUGUGUUCUCAGCACACGAGACACACAUCUAUAUGCUUAAUUAAGUUAGUUUAGCUAGUUGUGUCUUGUUGUCUCUCUAAUAGCAGUUGCUUUGAUUUGAGUCUUUAUCAUCUAAACUUGCACUGCAGAAAAUGACAUGUUGCCAAGUGAAAUGAUCUUAAAUCUAAUUAAUAUAUCAAAUAUUUCAAUUGUUGAGAUUAUGAGAAAUAUGCUUGAAAUGUACAAUAUUGUCUUCCAAUAAAGUAAGAUACAUUGUCUUACUGAAAUCACUUAAGCAGGUAAAACAUGUCUAGCAAUUAGUUAAGUAUUAUAAGCUUACAGCAGUCUCAAAAUGAGAAGUUUUAGAUAUAUCAACUAGAUUCAACCAAUUUCACUUGCUAACAUACCAUUUUUUUGCAGUUUGUGUCAUGGGUGCUUCAGUUGAGCCAGAAUCAAAGCUGCUCUGUGGCUGCAGAGCUGCUAUCAUGCUUGCUAAGCUAUGCUAACUAGCUCCUCUGUCUUAGUUCUUAGUUAGCAGUAGCAUUUAAUGUUCUGGCAUUUAUUGAAUGAAAGAUUGAAAACUGUGUACUGCCAUCCCUUUUUUGGUGACUGUGUAAGUGAACUGAACUUUAUUUGUUGGUUUUUGUUUUUGAAACGCUUUUUUUACACACCUGUAUUACCAUAUACUGUGGUACAGUUUCCCACCAACACUUAGCCAAAACAGACGUAGCUUCAGGUCUGAGCUGUCACAGCCUCUGGUGGACAGAAAUGCUCCUGAACCCAUAUGUUUUGUCAUACAUAUGUUUUUCCCCUGAAUGUUACUCGGUCUUCAGAAUUAUGAGGUUGUUUAGCAAGCGAAAUAUGAGCAAGGCUAGAUACGUGCUACAAGCAAGCUAAUGCUCUUGUGCACCGAAUUGACAUGAAGGUAUGUCUACUGUUAAACUUAAACACUGUAAUCUACCAACACCAGCUACUAAAACUGCCAAAGCAAUGUAAAUACCACAUUUGACAAAGCCUGCUGGGGGUACUUUGUUGAGGUCAGUAUUGUGAUGUCAACUCAGUGCCCAGCUGUGUUAGCCUGCAAGUAGCAAUAGCCGCAUUUUGGCGCCUUGAUGACCUCUAAACUGUAGAGGACCCAGGCACAUUUGAAGGGAAAAUGUCCAUACGGCAAAACGUAUCAGCUUUGGAGUGUGCUAUAUUACCACAGCAUGCAACAGCUGCAGUUUUCCAGAACCAGAAAACUAGUGUUCCUCAUAUGGGCAUGAUAGCUACUACAAGAUGACGCACAACUUUAGAGGCCUAUUUUUCAUGGUUGUCCCCAGAUGUUCUCGUUGCAAGAUCACGUCUGGCUCUGUGAGAUGCGCAUCGAGGGAGGCAAGCAUGUGUGUGUUCUCCAACACUGGGAUUUUAUAUUUAAUAAUCUUUUCUCAAGCUGCUCAGGUUUGUUUAACAAUGUAAUGGAGAGACGUCAGUGAUCAUAUUGCGUUUGAUUGUAUGACGUGAUCCAAGGGUGUGCAUGUGUCACGGUUUAUAUGCUAUGACCCAUGCAUCAUAUACAGUGGCCCCCAAAAGUAUUUGGACAAUAUAAUCGUUAGUAAACUUUAAGUUCCUUAUAUUACUGCAUAAAGUGUUAAGCAAAGUGAUAUCGGUUUCAGACACUUUUCGCACAGCUUCAAACUGAUGGUGCAGUGUUUGUGUGGAUAAACCCUGGAGAAGAAUUGCAACCAGACUGCACUGUGUUUACUGUAAAGCACAGAGGGGGAAACCAGAGCCAGUUUAUGAGGAGCCUGGCCUCUUCCUAUUUCCUCCGUCAUGUCAAAAACAGGACUGCAACACACCAGAGGGCGCCUGCGAGUGAGUCCUCAUUGAAUGGGGUGAAUGGAGUGGCUAAAAACGAAAAGUUAAAAUAGAUUCUAAUCACUUGCCCAGAACUUUCCUUAAUUUUAGAAAGUUGAAGGAUGCAAAAAAAAAAACCCUAUAUGUUUCUGUUUUUUCUACAGGACAUUAGCAUUACUGCUGCUGAGUGCUGAUUAGUUGGCAAGCGGAGCAGCUCAUUGGCUCUUUGUGCUCACUGUUAUUAUGUAAACUCAUAACUGGAGAUCAAAAGUGUUCAAAAAUAUAACAGUGAUGUUCUGUGUUAAUGAAUGUAUUAUUUUUAAUAUAAAAAUGUUUAAGCAUUUAUAAACUAUGAUUUUGCUGAAAUGCUCCAUCUCAACCCAUUUAUUUUGGUCUUACAUGAACUCAGACGUGUACAAAAGCAUUUUGGGUGUAAACCUGCAAAGAAAUAACAGUCUGAAAUGCAUAAGCCAUCGUUUGAAAGAACAUGUUACCAAAAAAGUAAAUGAGUCUUGGGGCGGUCUGUUUAAAGUAAA